AUGGCCCGUUGCCGUUCUCGUGUCAACAAAGAUCCUGUCCGGGGCAUAAGGAACCGGCAAUACGGCCUCUCUAGGAAGGCACAUUUAUUUCACAAAGACUACAACGCGGAUAUUUUGAUUGUUAUUCAACGCCCAGACGGAAAAUAUGCCGGGUAUCAAUCCAAGCCUGGUUUACUGCGACAAUUUCGAUAUAUUUCAGAUGAUAGUCUUUUGAGCCCAUCAAAAUUUACCAAGACUCAGGAGUCGGAUAGUGAUGGUAUCUCACGAGCUUCUUCAAUACGGUCUUCUUCUAUUGAGUCGCCUAUCAGCUCUAGCUCGUCUAAGACACCUAGCUUGAGCAGUGAGCUCAGCUCAAUCAAGACACCAAGUUUGAGUAGUGAGCUCAGCUCAUUGCCGUCAACACCUGCAUCACCGACUUCAAUGAAUAUACUUCCUCCAGCACCAACGCCACCCCAGAUCGGAUAUAGCGAAACAUGGACGCCUUCUAAUAUCAUGUCUUCAAUCGACCCAGCAACUUUUCUAUCUUUUGCCCCGCAUGACGUUGAUGCAUCUCUUAGCGACAAUGAGAUUGCGGAGCUCCUUUGGCCAGAUGCUGGUAGUGGUCCCUCUAGCUCUGCAGACAUGGCUAUUGAAUGGUCUCAUCUAAUUCAGCCAAACCCAGUGUCUCUUCCUCGACGAGAGGCUAUUCUAUCAUUGCUGGACCGGUACUUUGGCGAUAAUGAUGCAUAUAACGUUGAAAGGGAAUUAUAG